CAGACAGCGUGUAAGGCUCUAGGCUUACUGGAAUACGAAAGGCACUGGGAUACAACUAUGGAAGAAGCUGUGCUUUGUGGUUCCCCAUUUAAAUUACGGGAACUUUUUGCAAUUAUGUUGAUAUUUUGUCAAUUGUCAGAUGCUAUAAGUCUUUGGGAAAAAUAUAAGGACAGUCUUUCAGAAGAUAUAAGACAUCGAGUGGAGUUGGAUAUACAACCCGAGAAUGUGAAUUCAAUUAUUAAUGAAGUAUACAAUAAAUGCUUAGUUACUAUUGAAGAUACAGUUCUAUCUCUGGGAGGUACAUUUUUGCAACAUUAUGGUUUACCUCAACCAUCAAGAUGUGAAGCAGUCUUACAAAAUAAAGAUUACCUUCGAGAGAUCAAUUAUGAUUCAAAUAUUUUGGCACAGUAUAUAAAUUUUAAUGAAAAUUUACUAAAUAAUGAACAGUCCUAUGUUUAUAACAAAAUAUUAGAGGGUAUUGAAAAGAACACUGGCAAAACAUUUUUCUUAGACGCACCUGGAGGUACUGGUAAAACAUUUGUCAUAAAUAUUUUAUUGGCCAGAGUACGAAAAGAUCAUGGAAUAGCUUUGGCUGUAGCUUCUUCAGGCAUCGCUGCUACAUUGCUAGAAGGAGGUAAAACAGCUCAUUCUGUAUUUAAAUUACCAUUAAACCUAACGAGAGUAGAGACACCUAUGUGUAAUAUUUCCAAACAGAGUAAUAUAGCACAAGUUCUAAAAGACUGUAAGUUAAUAGUUUGGGAUGAAUGCACAAUGGCCCACAAAGGUGGCUUUGAAGCCCUCAAUAGAACAUUAAAAGAUAUAAGAGGAUAUAAUAGUUUGAUGGGUGGAGUCACUGUGCUGCUAGCAGGAGAUUUUCGGCAAACAUUACCCGUUAUACCUAGGGGUACAAGGGCUGAUGAAGUUAAGUCAUGUCUAAAAGCUUCGUAUUUGUGGCCACAUAUCCAGAAAGUUGCACUUAAUAAAAAUAUGAGGGUACAUGUGAAAGGUGACACAUCUGCUGGGAUUUUCGCUGAGAUGUUACUUAAAAUAGGAGACGGAAAUUUCCCUUCAUUGGAAGGUGAGAUCACUAUUCCCUCAAAUUUGUGUACAGUUGUUAGCUCUUUAUCAGAACUAACUUCCAGAAUUUACCCAGAUAUAAUAAAUAUCAAGAUGAAACCCAUCGAAUGGUUGUGCGAGAGAGCCAUAUUAACUCCAAAGAACGACAAGGCAGCCGAAAUCAAUGAAAUUCUACUAAAGGCAUUUAAUGAAAAAGCUGUUGAAUAUAAAUCUUUUGAUUCUGUGAUCCAAUCGGAUGAUGCUGUCCAUUACCCCUUAGAAUUUCUUAAUACUCUGAAUCCUUCUGGUCUUCCAUCACAUAAACUUAUCCUUAAAAUUGGAGCACCUAUAAUGUUACUAAGAAAUCUUAACCCACCUAAAUUGUGUAAUGGAACUAGAUUGCAAGUUAAAGCUCUGCACAAAAAUGUAAUAGAAGCUAUAGUUAUCACUGGGUGUGCUAGAGGAGAUAUAGUUUUGAUCCCGAGAAUAACGUUAAUACCAACUGAUUAUCCCUUUGAGUUUAAAAGAAUACAAUUCCCAAUCAAAGUUUGCUUUGCUAUGACUAUUAAUAAGUCUCAAGGACAAUCGUUAAGCAUGGCAGGGAUUGACUUAAGAGAAGAAUGUUUUUCACAUGGACAGUUCUAUGUCGCAUGUUCUAGAGUUAGCUCUGCCAGUAGUUUGGUUAUUUUAGCCCUAAAAGGCAGUACCAAAAAUACUGUUUAUAAAGAGGUAUUGAGAUGA